CUCUCAUCUCCCCUCCACAUUGCAUCGUUUACAGAAAAGUAAUCGUGCACAUUUGGCACAGCAACCAUUCACCCUUACUAGCACAGAAGUUAUCCUGUUGCUAUCCAGGGUCCCAGCAACAGGAUAUUUUAUUGUGUUUCUAGUAUGCUUCAUGGAAGUCAUCCGUGUUUACCUGCUCUGCUUUCACUCAUACUCAAUGCAUACUAAUUUAUUAAUUCUACCCACUCACUAAUAUUUUUCCUUGGUAACUGCGCCCUUUUCAUUUCUAUUAUCCUCAACUCUCCUUGUCAAUCAACAGCCAUGGCGUCCUCCUGGCUUCCAUCCCCCUGGAGAAUUCAUCGAGAAAGAAGAGUCGACCCAGAAAGGACAGUCGACGAGCUGGUGCGCAAAUACUACACGAUCGAUCAACAAAGCACCAAUGAUAUCCUCCGUGAAAUCCUCGGAAGCCCGGAACAGGCAUCGCUUCUCUUCAACGCGCUUCGACGCCAGGUCUCUUUGAUCAAGUGCCGCUCACAGGCUUUCGAGGAUGGUCAGAUAACCACCUACGACCGGGCCCUACUGAAGCUCAGCAGAAAUGGAGAAAACUUGACUGACACCGGUGCACUUGAGCUUUAUCUAACUGAAUUUCUCGGCAUUGUUCCUAUCUCGCCUGCAUCUCAGAGUAGAGCUAUACUAGCUAAACAGCUCGAGCUGGAAAAUGUACUGAGCAGAGCUUCCACCCAUGGUUCUACGCCAGAGAUAGUUAUCGGCCAUAAGGAGCAGCCUGAGACAUUGUUUGUUGACCAGGCACCUCUUAACCCUGAACAUGAACCCAGGGAUCACAACGAUCAUCACUACGUGGAACAGAUCGAGUUGAAGACCAAUUCGACAAGACACGCACAGCAAGUUUUCGACCGAGUUGAUAGGCUUUUGGAGGUUUACCACCGCGCCAAGGAUGAGUACUACAAAGCUUUGCAAACGGAGGGGUUUGUUGGCAUCGAGACAGUUCGUUUUCUUCGAGACACGGCCGAAAAUAUUCUUCGCUAUCUUCAUGCGAACGGACUGUCAGACCAUACCUCUAUCCCGGAUGUAGAGCAGGUCUUCCUGAUUGCCAGGGAUAAGGCGACACAGCUUACAGGUGGUCGAAAGAGGCAUUUCGACGAAGGUGUUGAGAGACAUGGUCGUAGGAGGAAGCGGCGGGCCCUCGACUCAUACCGUCCUGGGAAAUGACCCUCAGACCAUGUGUGUUUUCUCUUCGCUUGUGGUUU